GUGCCAUCAAGAAGUUUGGAUUUCACAUUCCUUUAAACGCGACGAGUGCGCCAGCCACACCUCACUCUCCCUGCAGCGCAGUUGAGCUUGGAUAGAUUGCCUGAUUUCGCUGUCGUUGCGAGUCGCCGCGCAAUGUGGACGUGAGCGAGUGCCAGAAACACACUGCUCGCUCGAUCAGCCGAUGGCGGUGCAGCGCUGUCAUGCACGCUUCGCCUCCUGCUUGCCACAUGGCCCAACAUGGUGGUCGAUGGCAAGGGAAAGUUCAAAGGCAUCCAACCGCUCGUGACGAGCCACUAUGAGUCUGCCCAUGCGAGUGGCAGCGGCACGGCCGCGUCGGCGCCUCGCAUCCGCGAGUACCGCGCGCUCAAGAAGAUGCCUAGGGCCGAGGAGGCGUUGCAGAUUCUGCGACGGAUCGGUGCAGUCGUCAAGCCGCUGAUGGCCAGUCACGGCUGGGUAUUGCCCUUGCUGGCGGAGUUUUCGCCCAAGCAAGAUAACCUGCUCGGCAUCAACGUCAACCGUGGCCAGAAGAUCUGCCUGCGCCUGCGCUGGAACCACAGCCCGGACGCCUUUCUCGACGAGGAGGACGUCAUACACACCAUGCUCCACGAGCUGACGCACACUGCCCGAGGGCCCCACGACGCGAUGUUCUUCAAGCUUCUCGGCAACCUCACGGAAGAGUACUGGGAUCUGAAGCGUAAGGGCUUCGUCAGCUUCGAGGCGUUCACCGGGCAGGCAUUCCGGCUCGGCGGGUCGAUCCCCAGCCGCGAGCCGGCGAUGGCGCUUGCGCGCAGACGUGCGGCCGAACAGGCCGAGCAGAGACGCAGGAUUGCCGAGCACGAGCGCGGCGGCGGUGGGGCUUCGUCCGGCUCGGCGUGCAAGACACCGGCGCAGCUCGCAGCAGAGGCCGCUGAGCGGCGCAGUAGGCACAUCCCGGCCGCAUGUCCGGAGAGCGCGGCAGACAACGCGCGCGCGGUGCAGGAGGCAGAAGACGAGGAGGCCAUCCAAGGCAUUCGAGUCAUCCGGAUCGAGGAUGACGAGGAGGAGCCGGACGUGUGGAUCCUCAAUGAUAACGAGCUGCCGCCGCGCUUUGCCGCGCCGUCCCCGCCUCAUGCAAGAUCGCGGGCUAACAAGGAGGCCAGCGAAGGAGCUAGAGCGCAAGAUGAGCAUGAAGUCAUCUUCCUCGACGAUUCUUGUUCGUCUUCUGAGGAUGGCGACGAUGACGACUCGGUCGUCAUAAUUGGCACGCGCGGCGUGCCGUCGCAAAACAAGAUGCGCGUCGAUGGCAAGCGCAGCAGCAGCGGCACAACGACAUGGCUCUGCUCGGCGUGCGCGCUGCGCAACGCGGCCAAGGCGCUGCGGUGCACGACGUGCGACGCGGCGCGGCGGGCGCUCUCUGCGCCCACGCAGGACCCGGCAGCGUCACCGGGAUGGAAGGCAGCGGCUGCGACGCCGGAUGGAUGGCAGUGUGCGGCGUGCGACUUCCCGAUGACCGGCGACCUGGGCGGCUUCUGGAUGUGCCGUGGCUGCGGCGCGAUCCGGCCGGGCUAGCUGCUGUACUGUGUGGACGAGAUGAGCCCUGCUCCGGCUCGGGGGCCUGGUGUACACGUGCGCGCGCGCGCGUGGAGCAUGGAAUGGACAAUAGAGGGAGGCGAUUCGCUAUGCUAUACAGAGGGAUUGAUUGGCAGGCUCAAAUGGCCAUUAGAUAUGUAGAUGACAUGAUGCGAUGGAUGAAUGUGGAUGGAUACGAGGAAAGCAGUUUUGGGGGUGCCAUGGAAAACGCAUGGCCCGCCCGGCUCAUG